GUAUUAUAAUACUGCUUAAUUAUUUGUAACAGCUUACUAACAAGCUCCGGUACGUUGUUUGUACGCAUCAGAAAGCCUUUCUUUCUAUAGUUAAACUUUGUUCAUUCAUGCGAACGCACCAAACUGAUCCUACAGUUGAGAAACCAGUUUUGAGGUUUUCAUAACUUACCGAAAUAGUGGAUUGAUAUGGAUAUUCUCGUAUGGAUGAGAUGAGAAAGUAGUGGCUGUUUAUCUCCUACCCGCCUUGUUGGCUGGCGUAUAUAUUAUGUGGCUGGCGCUGGCUGAAUUUCCAUGUGGAUGGCGAUUUGCAAUUACGUAGUUUAUCAAUUUUGCAGUUGCUGUCUUCUACACUAAUACGAUUGAUAUUUUCUUUGGCCGCUCCUUUGUCAUACUUUGCUGCCGCGAUUUUUUCAUAAGUUUCCCAUUUUCCCCGUAGCUUUAAUGCUUUGUAAGCGUUAUGCAAUAAUCCUUUCGAUAUCCGGUUCUACUGCAUCGGUGCGGUAGCAAGUACGGUCUGACGGGGAUUUACGAACGUGUUCAGUGUUCCGUAUCAACUCGUACUGAAUGACCAUUCUGAUUUGUACUGCCUCGUGCCGUACCGCAUGUACUGCAGUGAUCCGAACUCCAACAAACUUUUUAGUUAGACUUAUCACUACACAGCAAAGUUUUCGUGUUUGAAAGGACUGGGUGCGACAAUGGAAGCUCAAGGUCUUGCUCUAAUGGUGCUGCGCGCACAGUGUUAAUCAUUAAUGCAGUAUUGGCGUGCUGGCCGCCUAGCGGUCUGUAACGACAGACUCGCUCAUCCCUAUUAAAUCGUGGAUCUCAUUCCCCUUUUCGAGUGCGGAACCUCCACCAUGUCCGGAGAAUCCUAUGUGGGAGCAAUCAGGAGGAUUUGUUGUAUGGGUGCUGGCUACGUUGGUGGACCAACAUGCGCUGUCAUCGCCAGCAAAUGCCCGGAUAUUAUUGUCACUGUUACUGAUGUCGACCAGAAGAGAAUAGACGCAUGGAAUUCUAAGGAUCUACCAAUUUAUGAACCCAAUUUGGAUGCAGUGGUGGAUGAAUGCCGUGGACGCAAUUUAUUCUUUUCAACCGAAAGGGAAUCAGCGGUUGCCAGUGCCGAUCUCAUAUUUAUUUGUGUUAACACUCCCACAAAAACAGUUGGAGAUGCGAAAGGGAAGGCUCCCGAUUUACAGUUUGUUGAGAAAGCGGCUAAAUUCAUUCGCAACCAUGCUACUGGGUACACUAUCAUCGUUGAAAAGAGCACAGUUCCAGUGCGAGCGGCGGAAGCCAUCAUGGAAUGGCUGGACCCUAAACAUAGACCUCCAGAAAAAAAGCAUGUACAAUUUGAAGUGCUUUCAAAUCCCGAAUUCCUUGCGGAAGGCACAGCGGUGGAAAAUUUAUUAAAUCCUGAUCGAGUACUGAUUGGUGGAAAUGAAACCGAAAGUGGUCGGCAUGCCCGAAGAUUGUUGAUGGAGAUAUAUGAAAAGUGGGUAGACCGGGAAAAAAUUGUCUUGACGAACGUCUGGUCAUCGGAAUUGACUAAAUUGGCUGCCAAUGCUUUUCUUGCUCAACGAAUCUCCAGCAUAAAUGCUAUUUCUUCACUGUGUGAGGCUACUGGUGCGGAUGUUAAGGAAGUAGCCCGGGCCAUCGGAAUGGACAGUAGAAUAGGACCAAAAUUCCUAGACGCUAGCGUGGGGUUCGGUGGGUCGUGCUUUCACAAGGAUUUGAAUUGUUUGGUCUAUUUGUGUCGCUCUCAGAACCUCACCGAAGCUGCUGACUACUGGCAACAAGUGGUUGACCUCAACGAAUACCAGAGGCACCGGUUUAGCCGGCAGAUAGUUAAGUGCUUGUACAAUACUGUGGAGAAAAGAAUUGCCAUACUGGGAUUCGCUUUUAAAAAGGACACUGGUGAUACUAGAGAAUCGUCAGCCAUUGUAGUGAGUAAAUAUCUUUUGGAAGAAGGUGCGUUACUUUCCAUUUACGACCCAAAGGUACCAGCGGAUCGAAUUUUAAGAGAUUUAGACAUGGAUCCGGCGAACGAAGUCCAAAAAAACAAUUCUCGACAAGUGAAAAUCUGCAAAAAUGCUUACGAAGCCGCUGCUGCUGCGGAUGCAAUCGUGGUGUGUACGGAAUGGGAUGAAUUUCAGCUACUGGACUUUCGAAAAAUUUACCAAUCCAUGCAGAAACCAGCAUUCAUUUUUGAUGGAAGGAUGAUUUUAAAUCAUGACAAGUUGAUUGAUAUUGGCUUCAACGUGUACUGCAUAGGAAAAUGCGUGUAUGACCGAACUCGAAACCACAUGACAAAUGGCGACUUGAUGGGAUAUUAUGAUAAUGCUAUGGCACGGCGAAUGAGCAACGGAAAUUCAGGAGGUGCAAUGUCCAACGGCCAUCCGGGAUAUCUUAGUAACGGUGGGAAUCUGUCUGGGAAAGCCUCCCUUCGUAAUGGAUUUUCCAACGGGUACCACUGACAGACACGAAAUGCUGAUUUGAUUACUCUUUUAACGUUCCUGUUUUAUGUAAGUUUUAUUCCAGUUUUACUUUUUAGCAUUGUUGGCAUGCCUUGUACUGGUUAUGGUUUUACUGUUUUACUUGCCUUCCUUUUGUUUUUAAGUGAUAUAGUGUGCCGAAUUUUAAUUGGCCGUAAUUCGCGUUAAGUUUUUUUGGUUGUGACCGCUUGUUUGGUCCCGUCGUCUUGGUUGAGUUUUUGAAAUAGUUUUAUUGUUUUUAUUCUUGUAAACUUCGAAGUAUUUGUUUUUCCGGUUACCGCUGUUUGCCGUGUACAUUUCUGCCAAAAUAUUGAGCUGUGUAGUUAUGUUGAAAUAGAAUAAGUUUUCUGUACCAGUUCACCGUAUAGAAUAAAAUAUAAAACCUCUAAAAUUAAAGGCACUUGUGA